AGGGCUUAGUAGCGUACCUAGGUGAUCCCGAGGCCCAGCGAUACAGCACCUAAUAGACUGCGCUCCGAAUUCGCCCAGAGCAUCCAUCAUACUUGACCUAAACAUUUCUAUACACUUGCUGCACCACUCCCCCCCAGACCGAUAGCUUUCCUUUUUGUUUCCCCUUUGGCAGUGGUGUUCUUGAGGUCGAAACAAGGAAACACACUCUUCGACAUUCUACUUGAUUUUUGCAUACCAACAUGUCGUCGAAGUUGAGGAUUCUCGUGCCCGUCAAGCGGGUCAUUGACUAUGCUGUCAAACCACGAGUAAAGUCGGACCGGACGGGGGUCGAGACGGCCAACGUCAAACACUCGCUCAACCCCUUUGACGAACUCUCCAUCGAAGAGGCGGUGCGCCUGCGGGAACGCAAACUCGCCGUCGACGACAUCCUCGCCGUGUCCGCCGGGCCCGCGAAAUGCGCAGACACUCUCCGCACGGCCAUGGCCAUGGGGGCCGACCGGAGCAUCCACGUCGACGUGCCCGAGGACAAGCCUCUGGAGCCCCUGGGCGUGGCGAAACUCCUCAAGGCCAUCGCGGAAAAGGAACAGAGCAACCUGAUCUUUGUGGGCAAACAGGCCAUCGACGACGACGCGGGACAGACGGGACAGAUGCUGGCGGGCCUCCUGAACUGGCCUCAGGCCACGCAGGCCAGCAAGGUCGAGAUCGACGGUGAAGAAGUCACCGUCACCAAGGAGGUCGACGGAGGGGUGGAGACGCUCAAGGCCAGACUGCCCAUGAUCAUCACCACCGACCUGAGGCUGAACGAACCCCGGUACGCCAGCCUGCCCAACAUCAUGAAGGCCAAGAAGAAGAAGCUGGAGAAGAAGACCCUGGCCGACUACGGCGUCGACGGCAAAGCCAGGCUGAAGACGGUCAAGGUCGAGGAACCCCCCGCGAGACAAGGUGGAGGCAAGGUCGAGGACGUCGACGGCAUGAUCAGUAAGUUGAAGGAGUUGGGUGCCAUCUAGACAUGAAGCUUUUUUCUGCGAGUACAAAGUGGGUGUAUACAAAUCCACCUUUUACCCUUGUAUACAAGACAACACACAUUGGGAAGCGCCUACUCUAUUUUCACCAUCCUGAUUGAUGUAUGGAUGCAUCGAUCAAUGUUCUUCGCCUAGGGUGGCAGUUCCAUCUUUUCGAUCCAACCAAUGAAAAAAAAACCACACGCACAGGCUUGGGAAUGGGCUUAGAGAUUAUGUGUGUACGGAAUAUAAAACUAUGAGAAAUAAAAAUGCAUGGGACAGGUAUUCAUGAUCUUCUACUUAAACUACCUUGGUUGGAACUUCAAGUAAUAGCCACCCAUGCUUGGUGUGCAUGAAAGACCAUAAUCAGCGGUAGAAUACCAUCCUAUUGCCAGUCCAUGCAUUUGGGAAAGAGCGACAAUGUCUGCCUGAUGCACUCAUUCCCUCAAUUCUGCUUCUCAUUGUGAGAACAGCUCGGUUUAUCAAGUAUUCCCGUCAAUCAAACAAGAAACCAAAAGACUCCAUUCGC